AUGGCAGGCAGCAUCGGCUCGGUUAUCCAUCAAAUCAUUUCCUUGGUCCCUUUCUGGUUCAUCGCGGCUUGGGGAUUAACAGUGACUGUUGCCUUUACCCUAUUCCGGGCCUACAAAGACCCUCUCUCCAAGAUCCCAGGUCCGAUCUUCUCACGAUGGACCGGCGUGGUGGAAACCUCGUACCAAGUCCGCGGGCACAGACAUGACUACGUUCACAGUCUUCAUCAGAAAUACGGACCUAUUGUUCGUUACGCUCCUGGUCACAUCGAUGUCUCCGACAUCGAUGCCGUGCUGAUUAUCCACAAAGUCAACAAGGGAUAUCGCAAGUCGGAUUGGUACCACUCAUUGGCCCCUCCGGGAGUAGAGACGCUCAUGAACCUCACCAACCCCACCGUCCACACCCGUUGGCGUCGUCUGCUAGGUGGUCCCUUCCAAGACAACUACCUUCAGAAAUUAGAGUCCGUGGUUGCAGAGAAAAUGGCCACAGCGCUCUCCAAGAUGGAGGAGGAGCUGGAAGAGAGAGGCUAUAUUGAUGUUUUGAAAUGGUGGAUCUACAUGGCCCUCGAUGUCAUCACCGAGCUCAGUUACGGCGCCAGUGUGAAUAUCUUGGAGGACGAGGAAGAAAAUCGGUAUAUCAUGGACUAUCUGGAGGGACUCGGUCCUAUCCAUGCAGUCCGAACCACGAUGCCGUUUGUGAUCACGAUAGCCAACUGGCUCCGGUUCCCGAUAUUCAACAAGCUCCUCAACGCAGGACCCCGUGCAGCGGUAUGGGCGGUGGAGACGAUCAAGGCAUAUAAAAAGCUGCUCACUGAGGAGAAUCCCAAGCCGACUCUAUUCACUCCUCUAUUCGAUAAAGGCGACAAGGGCUUUACAGAUACCCAAAUCACUCAUCUUGCAGGAUCCAACAUCACUGCAGUACGCGACAAGCUGGUGGGGGAAAUCUCACAGCUACCGGAGGGAUUCAAGCAUAACGAUGUGCAAAAUCUUCCGUAUCUGAACUGCGUCAUUCAGGAAUCGGUCCGUCUUUAUGCCGCCGUUCCCUCUGUGCUACCUCGGGCUGUUCCAGAGGGGGGCGUUGAGAUCAGCGGUUACUUCAUUCCCGAGGGUACCACAAUCUCCACGCAAUGUUACAGUCUUCAUCGGAGGGAAGAUUAUUUCCCCAAUGCUCUCCAAUUUGAUCCUGAGCGCUGGGUCAACCCAACUAAAGAGAUGGAAGAGGCAUACAUGGGAUUUGGCGCCGGUACUCGAUCCUGCGUCGGAACUAACCUUGCCCAUACGGAACUGCGGCUCGGGGCGGCUAAUUUCUUUCGCAAGUUUCCCAAGGCCAGGGUUUCGACCAAGGAGGGAAUGAAUGAUGAUGACAUGAGGCAGAGGGCUUGGGUCUUCACGUCCCCGGUUGGCCAUCGAUGCUUGAUUGAUCCUUGA